GCUAGUGUGUGCGGGUAACUAUGCCUACUUACCAUCAUAUCUAAAACUGCUAUCUGUACUUCAUUACAGUAUAAUCCAGUUCACAGAGUCCAGCUAACUUGUCCUUUGUCCUCUUUAUCUUUGCUAAAAUGUCUUUGAUUAUGCUGAUAACUGUCAUUUGUAAUAUCACAAAUGGACAGAGUUCAUAUCUACUCAUGUAGUUCUAGGGAUCAAGUGGAGCUUAAUUCCUGCUUGCCUUCAUAAAGCUAUUAAUACUGUUGUGUUUAUUACAAGAACAGACCAGGUGCAGCUCUGAAGCGUCACCUCCUAGUUGUCUCUGUUCCUGCCCCGUAGGGUAUUCUAGUUCUCUGAUUCAUUUGAUAGUCUUGGCUGCCAGAGACUUGAAUAAUGAUUUACUUUACACAUCGUUAGUUGAAUAAAUUGACUCAUAGUCACGUUAUCUUCCAUUUAAUGAUGCCUUAUAUUUAUUAAUACAGAGCAAAAAACACUUUUAAACAAAAUGACCUAAGGGCAUUAACAAAUUCUCAGUAAUUUCAGUCAGUACUUGGAGGAAUGUGCCUCAGGAUGUGUGGGUGUGUAUGGUAUUAAGAGAUAUCCAACUGGUUUUUCUUGCCUUCAAAGUACUCUUCCUUACUGGACUGGACUUUCAGUCAGUCCAGUCUGCCAGUGUUGUCUCAGUUGAAAGGAAACUCGUUCCCUUUAGUUACUAAUGUCUGUUGUUUGUUCAUUCCAUUUACUUAACACACUAUUUUCAGUGUGUUUUACAAUAACCUCAGUCUGUCCCAUUUUUGCAGCUUAAGUCUGUGCUGCUGAGAAAUGAUUGUCUGUAUAGUGUAAUUUAAAGGUGUUUAAAUUAAUUUGUUUCUUGAUGUUUUUGUUGUCAGUACAUGAUAGCAAUAUGCAGUGGAUCUUUUACAAAUAAAAAGGAAAAAGAAACUUGCUUACAAUAAAGAUUCAUGUUUUGUAACUUCUCUUGAGUUGGUCUAUGUAAAGGUAAUCUGAACUACAGUACUUCAUUUGUUGGGUUGUUAAAUAUACAACAAUCUGUUGGAAUUUAUUUAGAAUCAUAUCAGAUUAAUUUAAUAUCCUCUAUGAAGUGUUGUUGUUUUCUUAUUCGUUUUUUGCUCUUCAUAAGUUUAUUAUCUUAAUGACUCUCAAGCAGAGAAAUAAAUUCCUGCCCUGAUUUAUUUGUGCCCCGUGAGGAUGAUUGGCUGCUGCGUGCUGUGCAGCUGACGGGAUGAUGUCAUCCCUCUGCACUGAGGGAAGGGAGGGGUGAGGGGCGGAGCUUCGCGCGCCGCCUUUAGCCAGAGUUUCAGGUGCGCUGUGAACUUUUCACAACAAACCGGGUGAGUUUCAGCGACAGGAGAUGCCAGUGAAGCCUCACAGAGUCGCUGCUGUCGGAGCGUUAACUAAAUUCACCUUUGACCGGAGUGUCAGGACAGAUGAAAAUUAAUGGUACAGUCUCUGUUGGGAAAAUGCACUGGGAACAAUUUCUCCGUUUGAAGAACGAAAAGAUUGAGCGGCUGGAGGUGAGCGGCCUGGGCCAAACAUCCCUGGCUGUUUCAUGCGGGGCAGACAGUUCCUUCCCUGGGGGUGAAGAUAGUACCCCAGAUCCUCAGCGUACUAAGCAGGCCAUCGCCCAGCUGCAACAGAAAAUCCUCAAGCUCACAGAGCAGAUUAAGAUUGAGCAGACAGCUAGAGAUGACAAUGUGGCGGAGUACCUCAAAUUGGCCAACAAUGCCGACAAACAGCAAAGCACACGGAUCAAACAGGUCUUUGAGAAAAAGAAUCAGAAGUCUGCACAGACCAUCCAACAGCUGCAAAGGAAAUUGGAGCACUACCACCGGAAGCUGCGGGAAGUGGAGCACAACGGUAUCCCACGCCAACCCAAGGAUGUUCUGCGGGACAUGCAGCAGGGCCUGAAGGAUGUUGGGGCCAAAGUCACAGGCUUCAGUGAAGGUGUUGUGGACAGUGUUAAGGGAGGCCUCUCCAGCUUCUCACAGGCCACCCACUCUGCUGCUGGUGUAGUCGUCUCCAAACCUCGGGAGAUUGCGUCUCUUAUUCGUAACAAAUUUGGCAGUGCAGACAACAUCCCCUCGCUAAAAGAUUCUCUGGAUGACUCCGCAAUGGACGAAGGCAUGACGGGUGCUGGCGGACGUUCUCUUGGCAAUGCUGGCCCCCACCUCCAGUCCAGUCCCAAGUAUGGUAGUGAAGAUGACUGUUCUAUUGCUACAUCAGGUUCAGCAGGGGCCAACAGCACCACAGGGGCCCCUGGGGGUCCCCCAAGUUCUAAGGGCAACACAUUGGAGAGAUGCCAGAGCUCCAGCCUAGACAUGCUGCUACAGGAGGUGCAGGAGUUGAGGGAUGGCCAGGCAAGGCUUGAGGAGAGCAUGGAAGGACUGAAGAGCCACUAUCAGAGAGACUACACCGUUGUUAUGCAAGCACUGCAGGAGGAGCGCUUCAGGUGUGAACGUCUGGAGGAACAGCUGAACGACCUGACAGAACUUCACCAGAAUGAGAUCCUCAACCUCAAACAGGAGCUGGCCAGCAUGGAGGAGAAGAUCGCUUACCAGUCUUACGAGAGAGCAAGAGACAUUCAGGAGGCAUUGGAGGCCUGUCAGACAAGGAUCUCUAAGAUGGAGCUCCAGCAGCAGCAACAGCAGGUCGUCCAGUUGGAGGGGCUGGAAAAUGCCACAGCCCGAACCCUCCUGGGAAAACUUAUCAAUGUGUUGCUGGCCCUUAUGGCUGUCCUUCUGGUCUUUGUCUCAACUGUGGCCAACUGUGUGGUUCCCCUGAUGAAGACGCGCUCGCGCUCCCUCUCCACUCUUCUUCUCGUCCUUCUGCUGGCCUUUCUGUGGAGAAACUGGGACGCGCUCUCGGGAUACACUCAUCGCGCUCUGCAGCCCCCAGGAUGACCAGAUUGACAGCAGCACGUGUUGCUUUGGUGAUGCAGGGUGAAAAGACUGCUGUUGCAGUCGUACAAGAGGUUUGAAGAAUGUGAUUACAUUAGGAUGGCCGUGUGGCCAUGCAUACUGAGCACAUUCAGACACAGCCUGGAAUCAACAUAAAGAGGAGGAAAUGGAAUAAACAUAAGAACACUCACAUUUAGGAAGGAAAAGACUGUUUACAUUUUUGAAUGAACUGAUGAUUUGUCCUUCACUGGAUGCGGCAUUGUACUGUUUUUAUCUUUUAGAAUUUAAUUAAUUAUAAUGUCAUUUCUAAUAAUAUUUUAUUUUAAAUGUUAUUUUAUUCAGUACCAUGUAGCAUUAUGCUCCUCUCACUUGACAUGAAGGGGAGUUUAGUCAGGAAAUUGGGCUGGCAAGUCACCCCAAAGGUGCAAACUUAUUGUAGAGACAUGCAAAUGUGGUUGAUUGCCUUUAGGAAGAGAAUUCUUACCAUUCCGUGAUUGGUAGAUUUGAACCAAUGGCUGAAGACCUUCUUAGGAGUUGCUCCUUUCUUGCUGUGAUGAAUUUGUUCAUUUAGAGCAUUUUUGAAGAACUGACCAUGUGUUUUGUGUUUCAUGAUGAUUACAGACAUUGUGCUUCCUUAGCUUUUCUAAUAGCAAAGACCCCUUGCUUUGAAUUAUUUACUUUAUUAGUAAAACAAAAACAAAGUUGACUGGGGAUAAUAUGAAUGACAGAUGACAACUUAGGAAAGGAAACUACUUUUUGACAUGCUGUACACCAAUUAAAAAAAAAAAAAAAAGCAGGUUAAACACAAACAUCUGGUUUUUGUUGAGGAUCUGUCAUAUUUGAAACAUGCAAACAGUGCUGGAUGUUUUCAUUUAGAAAAAUGAAAAUUAUAUACAAAUCAGUGUUGCUUUUAAAAGCAAUGACUAAGCACUGUUGUCCAAGAAAAUGACGCCCCCCCCCCUAUAAGAUGUGAUCAGGUCAGGGAAAGGAGACCACUGGUGCUUAUCCAGCUCUAGCUCAGCUGGAUCAAGAAUGAUGCUGCUUCAAAUCUAUAGUGCACAUCGUCUCCACUGCCAUGCAAUUGCACACAGCCUGUAUGUGAUUCUCUACUAACACAUAUAAUGUCUAUGGUUGAUCCGUUUUUCUCUUCUAUCUGAAGGUGUAAUCACUCAGUGCCAAACCUUAGUUAAAGCAGGGAUGUCUGAGCAAAUCGAAGAGGGCAAAAAUAAGACAUUGCUCAGCAAGUUUAACUUCUUUUCACAUAUGUUAAUGAAUGUCUGGCCAGGACGUCAAGGAUGUAUCUUGUUGAGAGAUGUAACUUGCAAGGGAAGAUAAUUAUUCAUAAUCUCAGUCGUGUGUUUCUGCAUCUUGCUUUGUUGAGUCUAGUCAGUUGGCUCGGCACUCAUCCUUACUCAUACACUCCCCUGGUUUUCAUCCAGUCAAGGGCACUUAAAGACCUUGCACAUCGAGUAGUCCACCCUGCUUUUCAUGCUGAGAGGCUGAUUUCCUAACUGAUAGCUUGAUCAUUUGAACUGUACAGUUGCACUUUGGCACAGAGCUUGAUAGCACAUAGGUCAAGCUGAGGCUCGAGAAAGCUUUGAUAGAGACUUCAAAGGUUGUCACUCUAGGCAGUUGCCCUUGGGUGAGAUAACUCAGGUCAGGAUCACUGUCAUCCUUGUCUAAAGAUAAAACCAAAAAAAAAAAAAAAAAAAAAAAAAGAUUUACUAUUUAAUUCCAUUUUGCCAUGAGGAGUGUAGCAGGCAA